AUGUGCAGGGGGGAACCCCAAGGACUGUCGGAGCGGCGGACAAUGCCCAGGUUUGCAACCAUGGAGCACCUGGGCAUUGUCCGCCGCUCCGACAGUCCUUGGGGUUCCCCCCUGCACAUCGUCCCCAAACCGAACGGCGGGUUCCGCCCGUGCGGGGAUUACCGCCGACUCAACGCGGCACUAUGCCUGACCGCUAUCCGGUGCCGCACAUUCAGGACUUUUCGGCGCAUCUGGCCGGGCGGUGCGACACCUCUGCCAGUGAAGGUGGAGGCUGUUGCGGCUUUUCCUCGCCCGCUCACAGCCCCGUCGCUCCGUGAGUUUCUGGGGAUGGUGACCUUCUACCACCGUUUCAUCGUCCGGGCCGCGCACAUCAUGCGGCUGCUGUAUGAAGCGUUGAAAGGCAAGACCCCCGUCCAGGCGAUCGACUGGACAGCAGAGGCGGACGUCGCUUUUGCCGGGGUCAAGACUGCGUUGGCUCAGGCGGCUUUGCUGGCACACCCAUCAUCUACGGCUCCAAUCUCCAUCACCACGGACGCGUCGGACUACGCGGUCGGCGCAGUGCAUGAGCAGUGGGUGGAGGGCGCUUGGCAGCCGCUCGCCUUUUUCAGCCACCAGCUGACGCCCAGUGAACGCAGGUACAGCGCCUUUGACCGUGAGCUCCUGGGUCUUUAUUUGGCCGUACGGCAUUUCCGUUUCAUGCUGGAAGGCCGGGAGUUUACGACGUUUGUCGACCACAAGCCGCUCACUUUCGCCAUGUCUAAAGCUCUGAAGGUGGGGGGCGCGGGGCUGCGCUUGGAGGACGUGGUGUUCGGCGACGCGGGCGUUACCCUCCUGUGUGAUGUCUCCACGGGCCUGUCACGGCCAGUCGUUCCCGCCAGCUGGAGGCGUCCUGUGUUCGAGGCUGUGAACGGACUGUCACACCCCGGCGUUAAGCCUUCGGUGCGCUUUGUGGCCGCGAAGUUCGUCUGGCAUGGGCUGAAAAAGGACCUCCUGGCCACUGUGCUGUCCCAGUCUAUGAAAGCUAAGGAGCAUCUCCUGGAGCAGUCGCAGUCUGUUGAGCAGUCAGAGACCCAAGGCACCUCCAGUUGCACUGUUCAUGAACAGCGGUCGUUUGAGCGGAAGGCAGAGGAGGAUGAUGGGAAAAAGCAGGCAGUAGUGGCGUGGCUGGGUGAGUUUCAGCUGCAGUUCUACACCACCCACUUCCUCACCGCGGGAUAUGAUCUAGACACCAUUAGCUGCAUGACCUGCGAGGACCUGACGGCAAUUGGGGUCAUGAAGCCCGGACAUCGAAAGAAGUUAACAUCAGAGAUCAGCAAGCUGCCGUCCACAGACUGGCUGCCAGACAACAAGCCUGCUAACCUGGGAGACUGGCUGUCUCACCUGGGCCUGAGUCAGUACUACCAGGUUCUGGUGCAGAAUGGGUAUGAAAACAUUGACUUCAUCUCCGACAUCAGCCUUGAAGAUCUGCAAGAGAUUGGCAUUACCAAACUCGGCCAUCAAAAUAAGCUGAUGUUGGGAGUGAGGAGACUAAAGGACCUGCAGAGGGGGGAAAGGGGGUCUGAGGAUGCUCAGAGCUCCUCUUCCCCUCCCCCCAGCCCAGGUGGCAGCACCAGCUCAGAGGCCCGGAGGGAGGCGAGGAAGCAGAGAGACGGUGCCCCCAGCCCGCUGGCCAAACCUCGCCCAGGUCCCCCACAUUCACAGACGCCUCCCCACACUCCAACACAAACCCCACCACAAACCCCCCCACAUGGCCGGACCCAGCAGGCCUCCCCCAGGGCUCGGCCGCGACCCUCCACCCAGUUGGCAGCAGCAGAUUCAUCAGUGCCACUGCUCCGCCUGCCCAGUGAGGAGGAAGAGCGACGGAGAACUCACAGUCUCAUUGGCUCAGAGUCAGACUCUAGAUACGCCACUGUGUGCCGCAGCAGCUCCGCACAUCCUGCCCCUAAUGAUGUCACUGUAAACCGCAGCCAAUCAUCCGUCACGCUCCGUCCCCGGCGUAAAGGUCGGCCCCCAACACCACCUAAACGCUCCUGUUCUUCCAUUACUGGGGGUGAUGGGGAUGCAGAGGGGCAGGUGGAGGGUCUGCUGGGGCCGCCAAGCUAUCGAGAGCGGCGAGCCAGUGACUGCGGCAGCCUGGGUUCCGCUUUAAGGUCUCAGGACUCAGGGGGCCUGGAGAGAUCAGAGGGGAAUUCUGGGAGUGUUCGUAGCCUCGCUGCUAUGCUGGAAACAUCCAUCGUGGGUGGAGCCAAAACCCUGCCGAGGAAUGUGGGAGGAAGCACCAGCUACCUACAGGUGAGUCCCCCUGUUCUACGUCGGCAGGCAGGUGCAGGAGGUUUUGGCUCAGAGGAAGAGGAUGUCUUAAGUCGGCGCCGGACCAUCUGCGGACCGGAAGCCCUCCCUUGUGAUCCCAUCGACUUGUUACCACGGCAACCAGUCCAGCAACGCCCAGAGCCUCGGCCCCGCUCCACAAUGGUUUCUUCCUCAUCAUCAGAGAUCUCGGACAGCACAGCAACGCUCCGACGAAGGCCACGUCCCGUGCCGACAGACUCCGAUGCGCCUGCAUCCGUUGAUGCUAACGCCGUUACUAUGACAACAGGCUCUGAAACCAUACGCAGGAAACAACGCAGGUCUGAUCAAACAGAAAGUGUCACUCCAAGCAAUAACCAGGUGGACUCUCCCAGCAGUCACACAGAGAGUAGCCGUAAAAUCGUAGGCGAGCCGCAGCAGAACGGCAGCGUGGUGCUGAGGCGGAGGCCGGUGUCCGAUGUUGCUGAUAGGACGGAGGAGAGCUGUGAGUGGAUGGAGGCCAGGAAGUCCCUGAAGCCACCUGUCUCACCAAAACCCUGCACAGUCACCAUGAGGAAUACACAGACUGACCCCCCAACCCCCACGCGCAGGGUUCCCAUACCAGGGCCUGACAGUAUGGAGCCGGCACAGAGCCCUGAGCUGAAGCGUGUCCCUCCACCUGUAUCCCCAAAACCCCGCGGACCCCCGACAGCCCCUAAACCCGGGAAAACAGUAGCUUCAGCUGCCAUGAGCCCCAUGAGCCCCAUGAGCCCCAUGAGCCCUGCUGCUACCAGCCCAGCAUCAGCCAGCCCCUCCCCGGCACCAGGCUCCACCCCGACAACAGGCCCUGUCCUGGCUCCUUGCCCCAUCCCGGCCCCUAGACCCUCCUCUCCACUCCCUGCCACCGCCCCUCUCCCGGCUCCCGACACCCCCUCUGCUCCCUCUCUCUCCCCUGGACUCCCCCUAACUUCACCCUCCCCGGCCCAGAGUCCCUCCACGCCCUCUCCACACCCGGUCAAACCUCCUCGAUCCUCCAUCGCCGGCCUCUCCAUCGACCUGAUCGGGGCGAGGGAGGUGGAGGAGGAAGAGGAGAGGAGGAGAGAGGGAGAGGAGAGGAGGAGAGAGAAGGAGCACAAAAGGCACAAGGAGCAGGAGGAGGAGAGGAAAAGGGCGGAGGAGAAGAAUCUGAGGGAGCUGGAGAGUCAAGUAGAGGAAGUGAAGCAGGAGAGGGAGGAGGAGCAGCAUCGUUUGGAGGAGACCAGCGCCUCCUUGGCUGCUGCCGUGCAAGCUGUGGAAAAUAAAAUGAAAGAGGAGGACGCAGAAAAUGACAAAACGUCUUCAGUCUCCAUCUUGGACGACAUCGGCAGCAUGUUUGACGACUUGGCAGACCAACUGGAUGCAAUGCUAGACUGAUCACUGGCCUCAUCGCCAACAAGCCCUUUCCCCCUCUCCCUCUCAUCAUGUGUAGGUGUAUCAAGAAAACUCUCCAAGGCUUGAGACUGGCGCUCUGAGAGUGUGAGUGUGUGUUUGAGAGUGUGUCCCUCCUGCUUGAGCGCUUCUCAUGUAGCCUUGUACAAUAUUACUGAGGAGGGAGUCCUCCGUGUGGCGAAGCAGCUCUAGUACGCCUUCUGACGGCGAGGAGGCCGCUCCCACACAACCUCUGACCUCUGCAGCCCAGUGACUCACCGCCGCCACCGCCUCCCACAGCUGUGUGGACCCAGAAGCACAAUCAUGUUCAUCAUCCUUUUAUCUUUACAGACUGACAGAGAUGCUCAGUCAGACAGGGAGGCAAAAAGAAAAGCAUAUUGCUUGCAAAAAAAAGAAGCACAUAAACUGACUGGCAGACAGGCAGACAGAAAGAUCGAUAGAAAGAUAAGAUCCAUACAAAUGAGAGAGUUUUUAAAAGCACAUCGACAGACAGGCCGCUUUCUGAGUCUGUCCCAUCCCUACGAUCUCAAAAGGAUGCAUUUUUCCAGAUGAAUCGUAGCCUCUAUUUCUCUUCUGUGUGAGCGGAGGAUUGUGGUUAACCGGAUUUCCUGACCUGUGUGUUGUCUCUCUUCAUGUUGAUGUUGUUGCUGUUGUUGUUAUUGUUGCCGUUGUUGUCGUUACGAGCGUGUGUAUUUCCCUGCUGAUGCUCAUGUCAAUGUCCUCCCACCCGUACAGUAGUUAUUCUAACGGUCAGUAAGACAAUGUAGAUGUGUGUCUAUGAAUUUUGAGACACUCACACACUCACACACACACACACACACACACACACACACACACACACACACACACACACACACACACACAC